UCUAUCCCUUUAAGGCUCGGCGGCGGAUCACGUGUGAGUCUCGGGUGGAAAAACCUGUGGAAUAACGCGCUAACAACACCGGGACUGCGCCGGGCUUCGUCUAUAAAUCAGGGACCAUGGACCACAUGGACCAUUUUCUGCGCUUUGUGUCGCAGCAGGAGGCCGCGGGGCUCCGCUUUCACACCAUCACUCUGUCCGCUUAACGGCCGCCAGGCUGCCGUUAAAAACCCGCCGUUUUUUAUCGGUUACUAACUGCUGUGCGCCCGGACAUGUGUCCACAGCCACUUUGAGCUUUGAUCCGGUUUUUGUCCGACAUGAAGUCUCCUGUAGCUCCCGGGAUUCGACUGAUGACCUCCUUCUCCAGGGACAGCUGGUAUCGAGGCUUCAUCCUCUUACAGACCUUCCUCUUCUACACUGCCUACCACCUGUCACGGAAGCCCAUCAGCAUCGUAAAGAGUCAGUUGCAUAGAAACUGUUCCACAGUCAUCCGGCCACUGGACCUCAACAUCACCAACAAUGGCACCUGGUGCGACUGGGUCCCCUUUGACCAGGACAGCUAUAAGACCCUGUUUGGGGUCCUGGACAACUCCUUCCUGGUUGCUUAUGCCAUCGGCAUGUUUAUCAGUGGGAUAUUUGGGGAGCGCCUGCCCCUGCGGUACUACCUGAGUGCUGGGAUGCUGCUGAGUGGAUUCUUCACUGCUCUCUUUGGUCUGGGCUAUUACUGGAACAUCCACACAUUAUGGUACUACGCCUUCAUCCAG